GUAACAAAUGUAUCAUAUAUAAAUGCAAAAUGUAAUCCACAGUAUCCAAAUAAUUCUCUAUUGUACGCGGGGGUUUUGAUGACAAAUCUCACACGCCAAUCCUCUCUUCUUCCUCUCGCUCUGCACUUUUCCUCACUUUCUCUCUCUACCCAUCUCCAUUUCCUCUUCAAAACCCCCCACUAAAAUCUUCGUCUUUCGUUUUUUUUUCUUGAUGGGCUCUAUUUUUUCUUCAAUUCUUGCAGACCCAGAUGCGUGUUUGUCGCCGGAGACGAAUCUCGGGGACUUGCCGGAGAGUUGUGUGGCCUCUGUUCUUGAGUACAUGGACCCACAAGAGAUCUGUAAAGUGGCUGUUCUUAAUAGGGCUUUUCGGGGAGCUUCUUAUGCUGAUUUUGUUUGGGAAUCUAAGCUUCCUUUGAAUUAUGAGUCUCUUAUUCAGAAAUUGUUUGAUAAGUUUCCUGAGAAUUUGUGUAAAAAGGAUAUUUAUGCCUGUCUUUGUAGGCCUAAUUCUUUUGAUGGAGGCACUAAGAAAGCUUGGUUAGAUAAGAGGUCAGGAAAGAUUUGUUUGAUGAUAUCUUCAUAUGGGUUGGCGAUCACUGGGAUCGAUGAUAGGAGAUAUUGGAAUCGAAUACCUACCACAGAGUCUAGAUUUCGCUCAAUUGCCUAUCUGCAGCAAACCUGGUGGUUCGAGGUUAACGGAGAAGUCGAGUUCCCUUUCCCAGUAGGAAGUUAUAGUCUGUUCUUCAGGUUGCAUCUAGGGAAGUCUACUAAAAGAUUCUGUCGACAAGUUUGCAACUCUGAGCAUGUCCACGGCUGGGAUAUCAAACCUGUAAAGUUCCAACUGGCAACAUCAGAUGGUCAGCAUGCUACAUCUCAGUGCUAUCUGCGGGAUCCUGGCUGUUGGAUUUUGUACCACGGGGGAGAUUUUGUCGUAGAAAAUCCCACUGUACCAACAAAGGUCAAGUUUUCGAUGACCCAGAUUGAUUGCACACACACCAAAGGCGGUCUUUGUGUAGAUUCUGUGUUAAUAUACCCAAGUGAGUUGAAGAAAAGUUUAAAGCGCUUUUAAUAGCUUUUUAACCUUUCUAGGUUUAGGCAGCUAUAUUAAUAGUGAGCUAGGAAAUCUUCUAAAGUUUUGAAACAUAUAUUAGUUGUUUCAAGGCUUGCUUUUUAUUUUUCUUCCUUAAAAGAUGUAUAAUAGGAAUGAGAAUGUACAAUACAAUGGAUGUUGUCUGGUUUGUGUUUUUUGAGUUAAUCUGUUAAGUGUUAAGUAUCCUGUGACCGAACCAAGACAUUUGUUUACUAUGGGUCUCUUGAUUCCGCGGCAAUGUAUUAUAGUUUUGGACA